CCUGCCCUUGCCAGUCUAGCUCGCUGCUGGAUCAAAACUACGGGGUCUGCCAUCGCUCGGAUUCAGGGUUCAAACUGACAUGAGCUAAAACUCCUGGAAAUGAAGAAGGAAAAGUUCGCCCAGGAGCUGGAAAUAUAAUGGUGAACAAAGCAGUUGGUUCCUGUUCUCAAAGAACUUAAAGUUUAGUAAGGAAGAUAAAAUCAAACAAGCAAGUAACAGAAGACCCGUUUGAGAUGUGGUGGUUUCAGCAAGGUCUCAGCUUCCUUCCCUCGGCCCUUGUGAUCUGGACGGCCGCCGCCUUCAUCUUCUCGUACAUCACCGCCAUAGUGCUCCACCACGUGGACCCUGCUUUGCCUUAUAUCAGUGACACUGGCACAGUCGCUCCAGAAAAAUGCUUGUUUGGGGCGAUGUUAAAUUUCGCCGCAGUUUUAUGCAUUGCUACCAUUUACGUUCGUUACAAGCAAGUUCAUGCUCUGAGUCCUGAAGGGAAUUGUAUCAUCAGAUUAAACAAGGCUGGCCUUGUACUCGGAUUGCUGAGUUGUUUAGGACUUUCUCUUGUGGCAAACUUUCAGAAAACCACCUUUUUCACUGUGCACGUGUGUGGAGCCGUGCUCACCUUUGGUAUGGGCUCGCUGUACAUGUUUGUGCAGACCGUCCUUUCCUACCAAAUGCAGCCCAAAAUCCACGGCAAACACAUCUUCUGGAUCAGGCUGCUCUUGGUCAUCUGGUGUGGAGUAAGUGCAUUUAGCAUGCUGACUUGCUCGUCACUCUUGUACAGUGGCAGUUUUGGCACAGACAUAGUACAGAAACUCCACUGGAAACCCGAGGACAAAGGCUAUGCGCUUCACAUGGUCACUACUGCAGCAGAAUGGUCUAUGUCAUUUUCCUUCUUUGGUUUUUUCCUGACUUAUGUCCGUGAUUUUCAGAAAAUUUCUUUACGGGUGGAAACCAGUUUACACGGAUUAACCCUCUACGACACGGCUCCUUGUCCUAUCAACAACGAACGAACACAUCUACUCUCCAGAGAUUUCUGAUGGAAGAAUAAAAUACUUCUGUGAUGACUAUGAUUCUCAGGGAUUGGAAAAGAUUUAUAAGUUACUUCGCUGAAAUUUUCAAGCAGUUAAUCAUGGCUGACAGUGACAUUGGUGGGUUUUGAUAAGAGACGUGAAUUAAGCCAUUUUAUAAAUUAUUUUAAAGGAUAUCUUCAAGCGGAUCAUGUAAAAAACAUUUAUGCCUAUACUUUUUUUUUAAUCCCAGAAAAUAAAACCAAAGGACUAUAGCACUGUAGAUUUUUUUUUUCUGCUUUAGGUAAAACAGCAGAAUUGCACCACGCAGUCUGCAAGACCCAGCAUUUUGUGUUAGAAAUUAUUGUAAAAUACCGCUUUUUUCCUGGAAUCCACCUGUAAAGGGAAGCAGGCCUGAAUUCAUGUGAGCUCUGUCGUUGCUUCAGCUUUGCACAGGAGACUCUGGUGGUAUUCAUUCAGUUCCUGCCACAAGGCUAGGUCCUGUGCCAAACGGUCUGUCACACGUGGUUGCAAUAGGUUCAUGAAGCUCAGUCUCCGGUAUGAGAUUUUAAUCCAAAAUGAGAGAUGUAGAUACAGUUAAAUUUACUCCAAUCAUGUUUUAUGUGAAACAAAGGUUAGUGUUUAUUCACGAGGCUGAGAAGCUUGUGAAUAACAGCAGAUCAUUACUAAAAUUACGUUAAACUGCAGUCAAGAGCUUUUUAGAUUUUUCUUUAUAGCAAAUUAUAAUUACUUGUAAAAGUAGACUUGAACAGGCAAAUGUUGAGCCUUUUUACUGGGAUAUGAUCUUUGUAGAAUUCAGAUUCUUAAGGAUGAAAUGAGCAAUCCAAAAAGACUAGGUACAUACUAAUUGUGAUACAUCCACCAACACAGUUUUCUGUCUUGCUGGUUCUGGAAGUGAUGGAAUGGCUUCAGCCUGAAUCCCUAUUUACGCAGGUAAAGAAUGGUUUACAGAUCCCAGAUAAAAUUCAAAAGAAGAAAAUGGUCACCUGGAAGGUAUGCAGGGACAGACUGCUUUGCGAAAGAAUCCUUGCAGAAGAUUAACAAGGUUUAUGUUUUUAGAAGAAAUGGCUCUACAGCCCAAAUAAAAGAUGGUGAGAACAAGUUUUAAGUGUACGAGGAAGCAAUUUAAAGGAAAAUGGUUAUAUGGUGGAACCAGAAAGCUUGAUCAUGAAUAAAUUGCUAGAAUAGGACUAAAUGUUUCUGAAGAGUUCGGGACUAAGACAAAAUGGAGUAAAAUACUGUUUAUAUCAAGCAUCAAUGAACAUGGAAGACAAUACAAUAAACACCGAUUAGCAUCACCAGAAAAAAGUAUGGGUACAAAGUUGAAAAAAAUUGUAUUAUGUCUCUGCAAAUCACAGUGCAGCUACACCUAAGAAACGACACUUAGUCCCGAUUGCUAUAUACCAAGGAAACUAAUUCAGUUAUAAAGACCACAGUAUGGUGAGGGGAAAGUUGAGAGAAUCAACAUUCUUAAGUUACAAAUUAUGUGUGGGUAAGAUGACACAGGGAAGAAUGUGGACUUGUAUGCUCAUACUAGAAUAUUAAGUCAAAAAUAUACACUAACACAUUAAAUUAUUUUAA